UGAGGUGUGGCAUCAAAGAUGUCGCGUCCGACUGCCAAGCUUGAUCCGUCCUGGCCUGGACAUGUUCAGUGUGGCGGUACGUAUGGAGGAAAGUGGGUGAACAAUCAUUAUCCGCAGGCGCAGUGUUUCACUGAAUCGUCCACUGAGAGAAGAACAUCACUCAUGCUCGCCACACUGUCCGGAAGCUAACAAGACGCUCCUUAGCAACCACUGUAAGCUGUCAUAACACUAACAGCUACCAUGGCGAGGUUGGAGCUUUGUCUCAAAAGGCAUUGCCUUUCGUGGUUUCUUCGGUGUAGUGCGGGUACCCGAAGAUUCAGCAGAAACGCUUGGAUGCCAUAACAAAAGGAUAAAUACACACGGGUGAAGAGAUCACUUCAUACACACAACGAAUGGCGGAAGGAAAGAUGCGGUCUUGUGGGAUAUGCGGGCUUUAUGAUCAGUGAAUGAGAAUGCGUCUGUGCACAUCUCUCCCCAAGAUGGCUACAGCAGCUGGUUCCCAGCACGUGAAAUUUUAAUUUUUGCCCGAACCCAAAUUCUUAAGUUAGUCACCACCCAGAUAACAUACUCCCCUACUAGUGGUGUUACUGAAGCAUUGGAAUUGGGUGUACUGGUCAGGACAUUUCUUGGAACACAGGAAUUCUACGAGUGCAAAGUGUGCAAUCGGAGUAUGGCUGGUAUUACCCCAGCACAAAGUCAUCUUGAAGGGUCUCGUCACAUUAAAGCUUUAAGAAACCAAGCAUACAGCUCAGUCCUCAGGGCCUCCUCAGGAUUGAAUAUCUCCAAUGAUAACAUACACAGCGCCACGCACUUUGAUCCUCCUGCCCGUUAUCAGCCUGCCUCGACUCCUUUACCUGCGGUGGACUUACAAAUUUCAUCAAGAGACUCCACCAGCGAGGUUAACAGUGAAACACUAAGCUCAGCCAUGAAACGAGGAAUUGUAAGACAGGAGUUUGUAUUUGGACAGACUCAGAUGACUUGCACCUUGUGCUCUAUAACCUGCUCUGGUGAGGUUCCUAUGAAUCAGCAUCUUUUAGGGGAACCUCACAUGAAGAGACAGAGGAGAAUUGACUUGAGAGAUGAUAAUAGUCCCCCAAUAGCCAGAUCUCUGGGGAUACGUCAGUCCUCCUCGGUGCCAGCGUUGACACAUGACUUGUCCACAUCCUUUAAGCAAUUUGAUUCCCUUAACUUAGAUGAAUGUAAAUCAUCACCUAAAGAUAUACUUACAUCCGCAAGAGAGGAAGGAAUUGUGAAAAGUACAGGAGAAUUUGUUUUAAAUCAGCUGACAUGUACAGUAUGCAGGUCAUCAUGCACAGGAGAUGUACCGAUGAAGCAGCACCUCCAAGGUAGUAGUCAUCAAAAGAAAAUGAGGGCAAGGUCUUCAAUAUCUCCAUGUACUGUUCAAAGAAUCCCACCCAGAAAUAUUGAAAGUAUUCUCCAGGGCACAACCAGUUCUCCUCAAAUGCAAAUUUCGGAAGUACUUGGAGGAAACUUACAAUCAGAAAAAGAGAAAGGAAUUUUGAUUAAAACUAUGGAAGGUGUGCAGUGUGUGGUGUGCUCUAUAACUUGUAAUGGGGAAGUAACCAUGACAGCACAUCUGAGUGGUGAUCAGCACCGCAAAAAACUCCGGGCUCAUAACAGCUACAAGCAGUAUGGGGUGGCAGCUGAAUUGAGGAUGGACUGCACCAGCCCUUACUCCACGUCUGGCUCUUCCUCUCCCUCAAGGAAUUCAAUUUCUAAUGAACCCAUUCGUUCGUCAGCUGCUAAUGCUUUUCAAGAUAUUGAUAGGCUAAGUACUUCAUAUCAGGUAACAGAUAAUUUAAGGGAUGUCCAGAUAUAUGAACCAUCAGACCCCCUUGAUGACCUUUUUGAAUAAUAAAAUGCUAGUGUUCAUGGUACAGUAAAAUGUACUGAAUGCUACUCUUGCAGCUUGUCAGUGGUAGUUAAUUUUGCCAAUAGGUGCUGCCUAUAUCACUCUCAUUAUGGCUUCGUAUAUACUGUUCACCUCGGGAAAAAUCAAACAAAUAAUGCACAAUAUUUUAUACAGUCAGUCCCCGACUUACGACAGGGUUAGGGACCGACGACCAGGUCGUAAGUCGAAAAUGCGAAAAUAAUACAUAGAAAAUCUAAAAUGG